GACCAUUGUGGAUAUAUCGUGUGUUUUGAACCGAAACCGGAUUACAUUUGCUGGAUCAUAACGGACAGAAUGAGACCACACACGACGUGAAUUGGCGAUGUUUGGGGGUUCAGAAGUCAUCAGAACACAGGAUCAUGAAGUGAUCAGUCAUAGUGAGCUCAGCAUAAGGUCUAUGGGGUGAGAUCACUAUCUUUAAUCAAGAGUGUAGUUGCCGAGAGAGCGCUUUAAUGAUUUAUUGUUCAGAUUUUAUCCUGCUUGCUCUCACAAACCUUCCUACGCAUUCAAUAUGUCUCUGCUUGCGCUCAGAUUUGCUCUGCUUGCUUUCAAAUCUGUAUUCACGCUCUCAGAUUUCCAGUGCUCGUGUUCUGCUCACUCUCGUUCCAGGAGAGGCUAGGGCUGCUGACCAAUGACAUUAUCGCUUACUUUUCCCAUGUGAAAAAGAAGCAAAGUAACUUUAGAACAAGUCUUUCAGUGUCCAUGUAUGAUGCUAUGAUGCGUUCAUUUUAAAUAAAAGCAAACUGUUUUUUUCCAUUUUCCGAUUUUAACUUGGUACAGAGAAACAAAUUAAGCUAGUUUUUCUGACAUUUUGAAUCACAGGAGUCGGAAGUUAAUCCAAGGUCAGGUGACUGCCAUUAGCGUCAUUGAUAUCCGGCAGAGGAAUGGAGCUACUCUACAUCACAGUAUACUUCCUUGAAAUAAAUGUCUCACGCUGUAACGUCUAUACGUAGGUCGUAUAGACAUACUUGUUCUUAUACUCUGCACUGUGUGAUUGAAAGCUCACAUUUAAGUGUCAUCUUCUGCUCAGACUUUAAAGGGAAGGGUCAAAAACCUGGAGCUGACCUGCACAGGUCAGGUCCAGGUGGCUGUGGUUGAGUGUACACAUGAACUCUGUAAGGAGUAAAACAGAAGGUGGCCCCCGAAGCUUUUGACCUGCUGGUGAGUCCUCUUCAUGCAGCGCCUUACAAUAACAAUGGAGCGACAGAAUGGUAUUAAUCAUCACCCAGAGGUUCAGAUGAAAUUGAGCAGAAUCCGCACGACAAAGAUGACCUACAACCUUUGGACAUUUUGGUUUUAGUCUGGUUUUAACACACUUAACGGAAGGAUUACACUCAUAUUUGCUAUGUUCUCUGUGAACAAGAGACAAACUGCUGCUGUUCUAUGUUAAAGAACAGAAUGUUUCUCAUGACAGCUGAUACUGUAGCACUGGAUACAAGGUACAGUACUGAUACCUUCCUUUAAGGUACAAUAGAACCAUGAAAAGAUUGUUGUCAUAAACUUUCGACCAUGUCUACAUUUCCAGUCCCUCCACUGCAGAAAAUCCCCAUAUCUCAUAGUUUAAAUUGGUGGUUAGGUUUUGUGCAGUGACAGUAGAAGUUGUUUAUUUCAAUGACAAACAACUUAAUUGGGACGUUAGACAAUUACAUCAGUACAACAGUGACAUAAAAUGAGAGGGAGCUGCUCGUAUAAGUAUUAAACGCUUCAUAUUGUGUGAGAGUUUGUUCACAGCACGUCCCACCAACCAGCGCUGCCACGCUGCAGUAGCGUCUGUGAUGACAAUGAGCACAGACGACAAGACGUUUUCAUCGUUUAAUGAAACCUUUGUUCGUCCUGCAGCUUUUUACAUCAAUGGCUUCACCAACAUUCCUCAUGCUCAGUAUUACUACGUGUUUCUGUGCUUCGUUUACAUCAUGACUGUUGUUGGGAACGGUUUUCUGAUGUCUGUGAUUUACCUGGUGAAGACUCUUCAUUCUGCUAAAUACAUGAUUGUGUUCAGCCUGGCUUUAACAGAUCUGUGUGGCAGCACUGCUCUCAUCCCUAAAGUCCUGGACACGUUCUUGUUUGACAGGAGAUACAUUGUCUAUGAGGCGUGUUUGAGUUACAUGUUCUUUGUUUACUUGUUUGCGUGUUUGCAGUCAAUAACGCUUCUCAUGAUGGGUUUCGACAGGUUCGUAGCCAUUUGCUUCCCGUUAAGUUACCAUCAGAUUGUAACCAAAGCAGCUGUUGCUGUGAUGCUGCUGUGUGUGUGGGGGUCCUCACUGAGUUUUUUAGUAGUCGUUGUUGGUCUCAUUGACCGUCUCUCCUUCUGUGGGUCUCUAGUGGUAAAAAGCUUUUUCUGUGACCAUGGACCAGUGUAUAAGCUGGCCUGUAAUGACACAUCAUUAAAUUACAUAAUAGGAACAGUUGCUUUAACUUUAUUUGAUUGCAUGCCUUUAUUGCUAAUAGCAAUGACAUACGUCUGCAUUUCUGUCGCUCUGAGCAGGAUCGCAUCAGGAGCAGAACGACUCAAAGCCCUGAAAACUUGUACUUCUCAUGUUAUUCUUGUUGCUGUAUUUUUCCUACCACUACUGGGCACAAACAUAGCUGUUAUGACGUCCUCUCUUCACCCUAACACAAGGAUCAUCAACUCCACUUUGACACACACUAUACCAGCUCUGCUCAACCCCAUCAUCUACUCUUUAAAGACUGAAGAAGUGAUGAAGUCGAUUAAAAAGCUUUGGAAAAACAUCAGACCUCAUAAUAGAACUUGAACUAAAGAAUUCAUUCACGGUAGUUAAAGUGUGCAUAAGACUAUGUUUCAUAUCUCAACUGAAAACUGAAAAAUUUGUUAAGCUGUGUGAUCCCUUGAAAUCUUCUGAAUUUUACUGUCAAAAUAAUAUUACUGUAUAAAAAACUUCUUUUCUGAAUUAGAGAUGUGCAUCAUUGUGACUAGUAACUG